GAGACCCCCGCGCCCCAUCAUCUCCUGGCCGGCUCCCCGCCCCCACACCCCGGGGCCUCCCGUCUGCCCCGAGUCCCAAGCGCGAGAAGGGAGGGCGUCGGCCUCUCCUCCUCCAAUCGGGGCCCUCGGGGGUCGCGCCAACGUGCUGCUCUCUCCCCUGGGUGGGCGACCCCUAACGCCGGGGGGACGCGCCUCUGUCACCUUCCAUCCAAUCCGGGCCCCCGGGGGGCGGGACUCAGGCUCCAGGACCGAAGGGGGCGGGGCCCCGCCUCGCCUCGUCCAAUCCGGCCGCGCGGGGGUCGUGACUCAGCGAAGCUUCCCCGCGCGGGGCGUGUCCCAGGGCUUCGGGCUCUGGCCGUGUGGGCGGGGCCGGGCUCCCUCUCCCCUAAAAGUCUCUGCCGGCGGUUGGAAGCGGAGCGGGUGCUGAACUGAGGGGGGGGAAGGAGAAGGAGAGGACAUGGCAGCGACGGUGCUGAGGCGCGGGGCGCGGGUGCUGCCGGGCUUUCCCGGGAUCUUUUGGAGGCCGCAGCACACCCGGAGUGAGCUGAAGCGGGAGCCUGCGCUGGGGUUUAACUUUGGUAAGUGCCCCCUGCUCGGGUCUGGCGGGGAGAUGGUGUCCUGUGGGGCCUCCCUGCUCAGCGGCUCCUCCCUGCUCCUCCCUGCUCCUCCCUGGUCCUCCCUGCUCAGCGGCUCCUCCCUGCUCCUCCCUGGUCAGCGGCUCCUCCCUGGUCCUCCCUGCUCAGCGGCUCCUCCCUGCUCAUCCUCCCUGCUCAGCGGCUCCUCCCUGCUCAGCGGCUCCUCCCUGCUCAGCAGCUCCUCCGUGCUCCUCCCUGCUCAGCGGCUCCUCCCUGCUCAGCCGCUCCUCCCUGCUCAGCGGCUCCUCCGUGCUCCUCCCUGGUCCUCCCUGCUCAGAGGCUCCUCCCUGGUCCUCCCUGCACUGCUGGGUGCCCGGCUGUCCGCUCGGGAGGCAAGGGGGGCCAAAGACCCCCCAGGCCAGUCCCAGUGGGUUGAAUUGGGACACGGUCUGGGGCGAGGGCCCUUCCCCUUGGAGCCCUUCCCGGUGGGGCCCCAGGCGAGGCCCGGUCUGGGCGCAGCAGUGGUGGCGGCCGGCCCGUUCCCUGUUCCUCUGAUCAAAAGGGCCUGGGAGCUGGGGCUCAUCAACACCCACAUUCCGGAGAGCUGCGGCGGCCUGGGGCCCCGGGAUCUUUUUGCCUCAUCCGGAGGGCUGGCCCGGUGCAGGCUUGGCCCUCAACCAACCCUGGCCCGACACAGACCCAGGGAUGAGCUCUUGUGGGGCACGGCCACUGCCGGGGGCCCCCAACCAAGCGACCCCUCCAGGCUCGGAGCCACCCCUCCCAUGCGGUCCAUGGCUCUCCAUGCCCCCCUAACACGGCCGCUUCCCCCUCAGCAAAUGCCCAUCAUCAUCGCGGGGAACGCCCAGCAGCAGAAGAAGUACCUCGGGAGGAUGACGGAGCAGCCCAUGAUGUGCGUGAGUAUGGCGGCUGCUGCCCGGGGGCGGCCACUGCCAGGGGCGGCCGUGCUGGUGUGGUCAAGGAGUGCGGGCAACGUCCGGGACGGCGUUUCCUUGUCUGGCUCCCCCGUGCCCCAGAACCUGCUCAGACAGGGCCGGCCCGGGAGGGGGCUCCUUCUGGGGGGUCGGCCUCGGGGCAUCCAGACGGGCAAGGCUCCCAGCGGCCAUAACAUGGCUGACCACACAGCUGCGCCCUUGGCCCCGCCCGGCCCUGCCCCGGCCCCUGCCCCGCCACCAAGGGCCCAGCUCCUCCAGAACCAUUUCUCACCCAAUUGUCCUUGGAGGGGGGAAGAUGAGGGGGCCCGGCCCUGUUCCAUCCUUGUGCCAAGAUUGGGGGAAAAAGGCACCAUGUUGGAGGGUCCUUACGGGGCCCCCAGGAGAUGCCAGGGCUGGUCUGGGCACGGAGGCAGAUCCUGCCUCCGACCCUCCUGGGCUUACCCUGCGGACACCGGGGCGGCCCGGGGGAGGCCUGAGGGCCCCCCGGGAAAGAAGGCCGGUGUCUCAAUGGGCAAAGAUGUGGAAACCCCGGGGAAAGAAGCUCCCCUUGAAGGGGCCCUAGUCUUCCAGGAUUCCUUCGGCUCGGCCCAACCCCAAGGCUCCGCCGAAAUUCACCCGCUUCACGUGGCGGGACCCCGGGACGGUCAGGAGGGCCCCCGCCCUCCCCCUGCCCCGCUUUCUUGUUUGGGGCUGCGGCACAAGGGACCUGGGCCAGGACUCCCUCAGUGGAAGGGAGGUGCUGCUGCCUCUUUGGGAAGGUGCCAUCCCCCACGUGGGGGUCUCAGCUCUGCCCCCCGUGUCCGACCUCUUCCCGGGGACCUCGGCUGUGGCUCGGGGAGCCCCCGCCCCAGAGGUCACGGCGCGGGUGAGGAAGCAGCCCUCAGGGUCUGUCCUCUGCAGGAGAUAAACAUGGGCCAGCGCUGCUCAGACACCAGGGGCAUCAUCUUCGAGGACGUGGUCGUGCCCAAGGAGAACGUCCUGGUCGGGGAAGGCUCUGGCUUCAAGAUCGCCAUGGGGGCAUUCGACAAGACCAGACCCCCGGUCGCUGCCGGGGCCGUCGGGCUCGCGCAGAGGGCUUUGGACGAAGCGACCAAGUAUGCCUUGGAGAGGAAGACCUUCGGAAGGCACCUCGUGGAGCACCAGGCCGUGGCCUUUCUGCUGGCUGAGAUGGCCAUGAAGGUGGAGCUGGCCAGGAUGGGCUACCAGCGGGCGGCCUGGGAAGUGGACUCGGGCCGCCGCAACACCUACUACGCCUCCAUCGCCAAGGCCUUCGCCGGCGACAUCGCCAACCAGCUGGCCACGGACGCCGUGCAGAUCUUCGGCGGCAACGGCUUCAACAGUGAAUACCCUGUGGAGAAGCUGAUGAGGGACGCCAAGAUUUACCAGAUUUAUGAAGGGACUGCCCAGAUCCAGAGGCUGAUCAUAGCCCGGGAGCACAUCGGCAAGUACAAGAACUGAGGCGACCCGGCCCACCGCGACCCUCCUGCAAGGGGCGGGAAGCGGGGAGGCUGCCAGGCGUCGGCCGCUGCGGACAGAAGCGCCGGGAAAGCGGCCUGGAGACCGCCAGGGCGGUGAGGUGGCUGUAGCCUCUGUCUAGCUCCAGAUAGGUUUUAAAACGAGAAAUCUUUGGCUUCAUUAAAAUACUUGUGUGUUCUUCCAAUGGCGCUUAUACUUGUAUCGCAAAGCAUCAAGGGAACCUUCUGAGUUGUUCGGAAAACUGUCACCGCCCAAAGUCGGAGCGCUUUCCGCCGCUGAGCGGCCACUCUGGUGGGACCGGAGGGAGCUCCCUCCCCGCCUUUGUCCUGGCGCAUCAUUGCUCAGGUAACAGGGCGCGCCUCUAGAUCCCCACUUCUCCCCUUUGCCCUGCAAGCGCCGGGACUGGCACACGGGAGAAUUCAUCGGUGUGCCCGGGGUGCGCCCCCAGCCUGGCAUUCUAGGGCACCCGCUCUGCCAGCCCCCGAGGACGGGAGGAAAGCUGGCUCAGGAGCAGUUUCUGGCCCGCCUUUCUUGGUUAGGAGGCAGCUCUUUCUCUGAGGGGGACGGAAGCACAGGAAGCGCUGGGCCCGUCUUCCUCCCGUCCCUCCUGUGAGCGUCCGGGCUGGGAGAGGGAGGUGGCCCCGGCGGUAACGGCCCACUUGGCUUAUUUGUUAGCCUGUCCCACGGGCCACGCUCUGGAAGUGACUGUGGCGGGAGGAUGGAGGGCAUCCAACCGGGCAGUCUGAACGAGCACCAGAAUAAAGCGGUUUUCCAAACCUG